GUGGCUUAAUCCACCGUUUACACACGUUCGUGACGUCCCGCUGGUCCACAGGUCCGCUCAUGUCUGUGGAGCAUCGAACACAUCACACUUCGACACGUGUUUGUGUGAGCGGCCCCUGAUCCACGCGCCAGAAAUGAGUUCGCAAAUCCGACAAAACUUCCACCAGGACUGCGAGGCAGCCAUUAACAGACAGAUCAACUUGGAGAUGUAUGCCUCCUAUGUUUACCUCUCUAUGGCGUACUACUUUGAUAGGGAUGAUAAAUCCCUGCCAAACUUUGCCACGUUCUUCCGCACACAGUCCAAAGAAGAGCGUGAGCACGCAGAGAAGCUGAUGAGUCUGCAGAACCAGAGGGGAGGCAGGAUCUUUCUGCAUGACAUCAGGAAACCUGAUAGAGAUGAGUGGGGGAGCGGCCUGGAGGCUUUGGAUUGCGCUCUGCAGCUGGAGAAAAGUGUAAACCAAUCUCUCCUGGACCUGCAGAAAAUGGCAUCAGAACACAAUGAUCCUCAUAUGUGUGACUUCAUAGAAACACAUUUUCUGGACGAGCAGGUGAAGUCCAUCAAACAGCUUGCUGACUGGAUCUCAAAUCUGCGCCGCAUGGGAGCCCCUCAGAAUGGCAUGGCCGAGUACCUCUUUGACAAACACACCAUGGCUGAAGAAAGCAAUUAAACCACACUGCUACACUACACUGAUCAUCCUGCUGACCUCUGCAUGCAAACAUGCCCCAAACCCUGAAAUGCACUACACAAUGUAAGUUCGCAAAAGCCAUAGAUCUCUGUGUAACCUGGACUGCUGCUUCCCUCGCUCCCUGUUACAUUCCAGAUUACAAACUAUUCCAGGAGUGUUUUGUAAGAAUGUAGCCAGAACAUUCUUUACAUUUACGCAUUUGUGUGUUCUAUUUAUAUAUUUUGCAUCCAACAUAUGGUGACAAAACAACAAUUUAAAGGACCAGUGUGUAGGAUUAGUGGCUGUUAGAGAUGAAGCUGCAGAUUGAAAUGAACUGAACACUCCUCCCCGUACUCCUCACAUUCCCAAGGAGUUGGAGAAUCCACCGUCUCUGGAACCUUGGUUUUGUCUGUUACUGCUACUGUAGAAACACAGAUGCAACAUGGCGGUUCUUGUGGUCCAUGUGUAGACAUGAGGGGCUCAGUCUGAACUAAUAAAAGCACAACUCUACUUUAAAGUGAUUGAUUCAGGUGAAUUCAGUAUGCUUAUUAAUAUUGUUUUUUAUGUGGUCAAUAGAUACCCUAAAUACGGCACACUGCUAUUUAAAUGUCUGAGCUGAAAUGUGUGUGUAUGGAAGCUGGGCUGUGUCAUUUAUAGGGUUUUAGCAAAUGUAAAAUCACAAAAGGUGGAAAUAAAAGAAAAUUAAAACCUGA